CAGAGGAACCUUCUACUGGAGUCCAGCCGUAGAGGCAUUGAAGUUCACACGAGCCUUCCUUCCAGAGCUGACACUUUCAAUGCGAAACUUAGGAAACUACUUCAAGAAAUUGAAAGCGACCACCUCCGUCCAGCACGCGAAUUUUUCAAAGUAGCCGAGGUGAGGGGACAGAAGUCUGUCGUGAACAGGGACCUUCCCCUGUAUCAGUCUGCGCUCACUGCCGGCGGAUUCGAUGUCAAGGCCCCGCCCUGGUACCGACGUUUUUUGCCUUCAUCUGUGCCAUCGGCGCCCUCCAGGACCAACAACGCAUCUGGUGCCGACGGUACAACCAAUGGUGGAUCCUUUUAUCGCGGAGAAUGGAGAAUGUUACUGUGCCUAACUUACAGCGAUGCUGACACAGGAGUGUGCGCAGACGCCGAAGACCUCGCAAAGUACCAGAUGAUUAACAGGAUACCUGGACUCAAGAACAUCCUGUUUCGGAAAGAUGCCUUCUGCAACACGAUGAAUGAUGCUAGAAAAAUACCAGCUGUGAUGCGCGCGGCCUUGGUACCGUUGUGCUUCGUUCUGCCAGAGCAGUACCAACAAUUCCUGAACGUGGCGGAUGCCUUAGGCUACUCUGCCCAGUGGCUUCUCACGCCUUUGGCGCUGGGAGGCAGGGAAGCUCCAGGAGGACCACAGUUGGUGGACCUAUUCACUGCCCUGGGAAGAGCAACCAUACACCAGUCAUCCACGAAGCGCUCCGUAGUACAACAGGUGCCCAAAAACCCAUUGCUGGUAUUCGGCCAGCCAGUCAGCGUCCGCCUGUUCGUCCUCAUAACAUCUGUCUUUCCUCUUCGAGCCUAUCUCCACAAUGAAGGCAUGGUACGGGUCCGCAGUUUUCACCCGAGCAACGCAAAUAAGGCUACGAUGAAAGUGCAGCCAUUAUCAAGAUUCUGGCGUUUCGUGGAACGCAACUACGGAAGUCCUACCUUGAAGCUGGCCCUGGAAAGUCUUGAGGAUGUCCUGGUACGAACCUUGAUUGUUGCCGAGGCUCUGCUCUAUUCUGCACAACAGGGCUUCACCUAUCGCCAUGCGAGGUGUUCGAAGUGUUUCCAACUGUUGGGUUUUGAUGUUACCUUCAACAUGUCGUUCCACCCGACCGUAAGUGAAGUCAACGGGCAGCCGAGUUUCUACGUGAGCUCCCGUAAAGAGGACGAGCCCACUAACCGCCUCAAGAAGCAAGUCCUGGAAGACACAGUCGCUAUUCUCUUCUCGAAAGAAUCCGUCGCAGACGAUGUGGCUGAAGCUAUUGGAGAGGUCUUCGACAACCUAGGCAUUAUGGGCCUGAGCUGUCAAAUCUCGCACGACCUAUGCCUCAGCCGAGAGGAUCUUGUGCACCUUCUCAACAACCGUAGGGAAGCGAAACAGAUGGGAGGAUACCGAAAGUUGUACCCCAGCUUCAAAAGCGGACAGUACCGGAGCUUCAUCGAGGACCUAGACCACAUGGUCAUGAGCAAGGCGGACGUGAACGUGGCAACGGAUGGUAUGUUUAGAACUCCAAGCCAGCAUCGAACGGCAGACAUGCAUCCGGUUCUGGUGGCUUUUGAAAGAUACUUCAGCCGACGUCUUGUGGGGGACGACAGCUACUCUGAUGUCGACUUCGACAUUAACCAAGUAUGGAAAAUUCAUAACACGAGCCACACCAGAGAUCAGCCAGAGGAAGAUUUCUUCAGCGAACAACCGGACAAGUAUUCCUGGAGUCAAGUGGCUUCCAAAGCUGCGAAGGACGCCGACAGCGCUGGCUGCAGCAUUGAUCCUGGAAGUCUAGCCUUGCUCGCGCAGAUAAUAACUGAGCCUUCGCUGCAGCUGGAGCCCACGUUCACUGCUCAGCGCACCGAAUACACCGCUACGGUGUCCUACGACACCCUUCUGCUAAGAGUCUGGGGCGUUCCUCAACACUGCCAUGCUCGAGUUCACGUCGACGACAAGUUCGCGCCAUCCAGGCCAACAAAUUACAGCCUCGGGAUUGGUGACAACAAAGUAGUGCUGUAUGUGAUGGACAGCAGCCAGUCCUCCGAUCCAUGGGUGGUGAACACUUACACGAUUUCCGUUCGACGUCUAUCCAUAACGGACGGGGAGGAGUCGUUCACUCCGGCGACGCCCCAUCAAGUUUGCAGCCUCAAGCAGGAGUGCGAAAUGCCAGUGGCAAAUGGUGGCCCGUGCGGCCUGUACAACGAGAUCUCCUCCGAUUGGCCCACCUACUUGGAGAAGAUAGGCUCACUACCACUUUGCAGUGACGGAAGUUCCCAAGGGCGGUGGAUCCUGCCUUGUCACAAGUGCUCUCACCGCGACACGUGUUAUUGGAAAGAAGCCCGCUGGCAGCCUUAUCAGUGCCGCUACGCCUUCCUGCCACAGAGGACACUUGCAAGGUGCAUGGCAGACAAAAAGCUGCUGUUCAUUGGCGACUCGACUAACAGAGGCAUGAUGCACUACGCGAUGGAGCGUCUGAACGGAACUCUUCAACAGUGGGAUAAAACUCAUGAUCUACGCCUUUAUUCCAAUCUGAACCGUGGUGAAACAUCCGUCUCCUUCGCCUACUACCCACAGUUCUGGCUGCCCACGCAAGAGAGGCCAGUCUUCGACAAGGCGCUCUAUCAACUCAUCGAACGAUCGAAGCCACUCCAGAAUAACUCGAAUACCAUACUCGUCGUUGGAGGCGUUCAUUGGUUGGCAACUCAACACCUCUACAUGCUUGUGAAAGCAUUGAGAAGGGAUCACCUCCACGGAAUAAAAGUAAUCAUCAAGACUCUCGGCGCAGGAUUUCACCAACCAGUGGACGGAGUACACUGUUUAAGCACGAAUGACCAAAAGAAGCUCAUGCUGCAGAACCAGUGGCUGAUAGAAUUCGCCAAGCACUAUGCCUUCGAAGUGAUAGAUACGUUCAACAUGACCGUCGCCCGAUAUAAGGACUUUCUUCAAGGAAAAUGCGCAUGUCACUUUCACAGGGUUGUACCUUUGUCAACAUUCCAAGAGAACGGCUAUUCCAGGCAGACUCAACCACCUUCGUUUCACGUUGAAGGAGGCAUCAACGCCAUGUACAGUGAAAUCUUGCUCAACCGCAUCUGUGCUCACGAAGCCGAAGUCAGCAGAUGAUGACUGCCCACGUGGCUACUAGGACUAUUUCGCGCGAUCCCACUAGUAACUUUUCGACAAGAAGCAUCGCGCGUACACGCACAACUGUUUGACGUUGCACAAAUGCCAAAGUAUUUAGGACUAAUAUUUCUCAUUGCGUAUGCUACCGUAAUACUACCAUAGUGUGGAGACGAGGCAAUGUUGUUACGGAAGCUACGGAUGACUUCGCAGAGGUGCAUCUGAAGUACGUAUGUCAGUUCGUCCACUUCACCGUCAGGAAAGGACGAACUCUUGUUUCUCCAUUUCUGGGGAGCCUCUAUGACACGGACAAAGCAAGACACGACAAGACAAGACGCACAUUCCUCCUGUGUCUUUAGUGUCUCGUAGAAUUACUUUUUUUUUUAAAGUCCCCCAUGACAACGUUUUUUAUUGAGGAACCUCCACAGCAAAAUCCAGAUGAAGUUACCCAAAUAUCACUUAAGCCAUUCUAGGUCCUGUAACAGUUAACCUUUGAUUUCCGUACUGGUUAGCUAACUCGUCCUAAUCAAAAAUCGGGAACAUUGUAGAACGGAACAUCGUCCCUGGGAAAGGCAAGACCGGCCGUACUAGGCCUGGAAGCUAUCUUCUUGAGAGUGGAAAGAAAAAAAGAAAAUAGUGGAAAGUGAAACAAACAAGCAAAAUCCUGCAGAUCUACCAGCAUUCAAUUCGCAUACGACGAAGCUCCGAUCUCUUCGUCCAACAGGUUCUGGGGCCCACCAUGCAUCUGCCUGGGAAUGUCUAUACAGUUCUUCGCAAGCAAGUCGCGCUCUUCGCUCAAGGGGUAGUUGGUUUGCACAUUCUCCAAGCAGUGUGACCAGUGGUGUUUCCGCUUAGGUCCAAGUUUUUUCUGGAACCUGUGAUGGCGACGACAGUGUGGUGACCGACGUCAACUGGUGCGUCACGAACUAGCAGACGAUGACCUUUGCAAAGACGUUGUGACAAUAACGUUUGAAGCGUGUAGUUUCUUUAGUACAUUGCUUUUGUUAUGGUUGCACAGCGCUAGCAUGGUUAUGCCAAAGUACUCGUAGUUCACUGCAAAACAGAGUCCAGUAGCGUACGUAGAAAAAUGUAGUAUGGACGCGGUAAGAUAGUGAUACUUUGCACUCUAGUACUCCUUCAAAGCCUUCACUUGAAUAAUGACCGACUUUAUGGAAGUUUUUGUUAUAUAUGGUGCACAUAGGGCAAACAGACAGCAAGAUCCUCAGUGCUGCUGUAUUGCACUACGAUAUCCUUGCGCGUCGUCGCAGUAAGUGCUAGUUAUAGCCCAUCACCAAGGCGCUGACAUCACUACGAAUGCGGAGUUCUUUCUCGACAUCAUUUCGUAACUUGCGUUGUCACUGUCUAAAAGAACGCUAUUAACCUUGAUUUCUGCACGAACGUGGGUACGUUGUGGUGUAUAAAUACGACCUCCUAUUAAAUUUUCCUCCAACAUAAAUACGCAUACAUACGCACGCGCGCGCGCGCACACACACACACACACACACAAAAUGAUGAUGACGAGGUUAUACUGUUAUCUCCCGUCCGGCUGGUCGCUCCCCAGUGCAAUCGCACAGGCUUCUAUUUUGCGUUUCACAGUUCUCGCAGACCAUACUCAGUUCAAUCGACUUUGUCGUAAUUGGCUUAAGCACCCUGAGGAAGCGCACUGGUAAGAACACUUGAAAAAAAAAAAUCCGGUUUUAUCAUGUCGUCAAUUAAAGCUCUUAUUUGCUGGCCCGACCACCAUAGCUGCCCGAAAGCAUAUAGCUGGCAUGAGGUCCUUCAACUCAGAAAAAAAGAUAUUUGCUUUAACUCAGAAUGCAUGUGUGUGACUACUAUACGCAAAAGAGUCAAAUGAGUUCCACGAAGUCAAAGUGACCCCCACUGUGAGUGCAAUUUACUGUAACACUCUCACUUUUAGCACAAUUUGGUAUCAUUUUCAACCACUGAAUGUCAUAGCACAGUAAAACCCCCGAGCUUGAGGGGAACAUGAAGAACAACACGACACGAAGGUUGUGCUAUGGAUCUCCACCAGCUUAGCCGCAGUUCUCUCAGUUCUCUCACUGAAUGUUAGUUCCACUUUCAUACCCAUAUGCUUUUGGUACGUCGUUCCACACUAGUAAUCAACUUUCCAAUGUGAACUUCAAUGUCGGGGUCAAGUUUACCAAGGAAGGUUUUGGCACCCCGUGGAACCACCGCGUCGCGGAAGUGCCGACAAUUUCCGAUGCCCUGGCAAAGCGGCACACUGCCAUGAUUUCGACCCAGAUGAACUUGGUGCUACAACUGUGAAGGACAUACAGGGUUCGCCCCAGAUAAACUUUGGGGUUUUAUGGAGAUAAAACAAAUAAAAGCAGUGUCGGGGAGCUAAAGUAGAUGCUAGAGGACGUAUUAUGCACCAAAAUUGCCACUUGGCCCGUUUCUUUGGGAAAAAAUCGU